AUGGCAGUACAACACUUCUACUGGACAACUACCAAGUCUGCGAACCUGAAGACCAACGCGAACCACUCCCACACCAACGACAACACCAACCACCACUACCAGAAGACCAACGCGAACCACUCCCACACCAACAACCACAACACCAACCACCACUACCAGAAGACCAACGCGAACCACUCCUACACCAACAACCACAACACCAACCACCACUACCAGAAGACCAACGCGAACCACUCCCACACCAACAACUACAACACCAACCACCACUACCAGAAGACCAACGCAAACCACUCCCACACCAACGACAACACCAACCACCACUACCAGAAGACCAACGCGAACCAACCCCACACCAACAACCACAACACCAACCACCACUACCAGAAGACCAACGCGAACCACUCCUACACCAACAACCACAACACCAACCACCACUACCAGAAGACCAACGCGAACCACUCCCACACCAACAACCACAACACCAACCACCACUACCAGAAGACCAACGCGAACCACUCCCACACCAACAACCACAACACCAACCACCACUACCAGAAGACCAACGCGAACCACCCCCACACCAACAACCACAACACCAACCACCACUACCAGAAGACCAACGCGAACCACUCCUACACCAACAACCACAACACCAACCACCACUACCAGAAGACCAACGCGAACCACUCCUACACCAACAACCACAACACCAACCACCACUACCAGAAGACCAACGCGAACCACUCCCACACCAACAACUACAACACCAACCACCACUACCAGAAGACCAACGCAAACCACUCCCACACCAACGACAACACCAACCACCACUACCAGAAGACCAACGCGAACCACCCCCACACCAACAACCACAACACCAACCACCACUACCAGAAGACCAACGCGAACCACUCCUACACCAACAACCACAACACCAACCACCACUACCAGAAGACCAACGCGAACCACUCCCACACCAACAACCACAACACCAACCACCACUACCAGAAGACCAACGCGAACCACUCCCACACCAACAACCACAACACCAACUACCACUACCAGAAGACCAACGCAAACCACUCCCACACCAACGACAACACCAACCACCACUACCAGAAGACCAACGCGAACCACUCCCACACCAACAACUACAACACCAACCACCACUACCAGAAGACCAACGCGAACCACUCCUACACCAACAACCACCACACCAACCACUACUACCAGAAGACCAACGCGAACCACUACCACACCAACAUCCUCCACAAUCACGACCACCCAAAAUACAACUACUUCACUAAACAGAACUAUAUCAAGCAACACUUCUACUCCAACAAGAACGCCCAAUACAACCACAUCGGCUGCAGCCACUACUGCGACCUCGACGACUACCACUCCUACAACAACUACUUCCAAACUUCCUACAACAACGAAACCAUCGAAUCCUGGUUUCAAAUGCCGUCUUCCAGGCCUGUAUCCCGAUUUGAAUGA